AUGUCUCACGCCAAUGGCCAUCAGUCUAGUUUCAGACCUAACACCGGCAAUGAUGCUCUUCCAACGCCUUUAUCCGACAAACCGAUCCUUAUGUCACCAGCGUCGUCGCAGGCAUCACCCCCUCCGGGUGACACCGUGCAGGAGCCUAUUGCAGAGCCAAUGGCCAUCUGCGGCAUGGGCAUGAGGCUGCCUGGAGGCAUUCGAGACGCAGAGGGCUACUGGGACCUAUUGUACAACAAGAGGUCUGGCCGGUGCAAGGUCCCCGCGAGCCGUUACAACGUCGAUGCCUGGUACGGACCGGGCAAGAUUGGCCACGUAGCCAGCAAGUAUGGUUACUUUCUACAAGAUGUCAAUCUCGCCAACAUGGACGCCUCGUUCUGGUCCAUGACCAGGCAGGAGAUUGAAGCGAUGGAUCCCCAGCAGCGGCUAACGCUCGAGGUGACAUAUGAGUGCCUGCAGAAUGCCGGCCAGAUCCCGGAGCAGCUUCGCGGCAAAAAAGUCGGAGUCUACCUGGGCACCUUUGAGGGAGAUUGGCAGGAGCUCGACGGCCGAGAUCCGUUGCACUACCACAUGUACCGCUUAACCGGAUAUGGGGAUUACAUGUCUGCUAAUCGUAUUCACUACGAGUUUGGCUUCAUGGGCCCUAGCGUGACCAUCCGCACCGCCUGCUCGUCCUCGCUCACAGGGCUGUACGAUGCCUGCAGGGCCAUCUCGUCGGGCGAAUGCGAGUCAGCCGUUGUGGCCUGUGCAAACAUCAUCUACUCGCCUCGGACUUCGGUCACGAUGCAGGAACAAGGCGUCAUCUCGCCGACCGGGAUCUGCAAAACAUUCGACGCCAAAGCCGAUGGGUAUGCCCGCGGAGAAGCCGUGUCCGCCAUCUAUGUAAAAAGGCUAAGCGAUGCCAUUCGCGACGGCGACCCGGUGCGCUCUGUGAUUCGCUCGACUUGCAUCAACGCCGGAGGAAAGGCAACAACCCUGACAGCACCUAGCACGGCUGCGCACGAGAUGCUCAUCAGGCGAGGACAUGAGCUGGCCGGGAUCCAUGACUUUUCCAAGACGGCCAUGAUUGAGUGUCACGGCACAGGAACCACGGUUGGGGAUCCCAUCGAAGCAGCCGCUGUGGCCAACGUGUUUGGCGAGCACGGCAUCUAUAUUGGUUCGGUAAAGCCGAACCUGGGGCACAGCGAGGGUGCCUCGGGCCUUUCCAGUAUCAUCAAGAUGACACUAGCUUUAGAGAACAAGACGAUUCCGCCCAAUAUCCAUUUCACUACACCAAACCCAAAGAUUCGGUUUGAUGAGUGCAAGCUUAAAGUACCAACUGAGCCCCUGCCCUGGCCACAAGAUCGCGAUGAGCUUGUUGGAGUAAACUCGUUUGGCAUUGGCGGCUCCAACGCGCAUGUACUUUUGGGAUCGGCCGAGUCGUUUGGAAUCUUUCAGACUCACCCGAAGCCUAUAGAUGCAGCGGACCAGGCUCUAGACGAGCUGACACCUCAGCUGCUGCUCUUCUCAGCCAAACACCCGAUGGCACUGUCGCGCACCAUAUCCGAGCACGAAGCGUAUAACAUCUCCCACCCAGACUCACUACAGGACAUGUGCUACUCUUUGGCACUUAAACGUGAGAAACUAAUUCACCGUGCAUUUGUUGUUACCGAUGGCGAGGAUGCCUGGCAGCCCUCCCGCGUCCGCCAGGCCAGCGUCAAAGCUGCGCCGCCCAAGCUUGUGUUUGUCUUUAAUGGACAGGGUGCGCAGUGGCCGCAAAUGGCAAAGAAACUGGUGCAGCAGAGCAAUCUGUUCCGCCAGAGGCUUGAGAAUAUGCAAGCGAUCCUGCAGUCCCUACCAGAUGGGCCUGCGUGGAGCUUGAUUGAUACCCUUUUGGCACCCAAGGCCAGUAGCCGUCUCACCGAGGCCGAGAUCUCGCAACCGUGCUGUACCGCCGUCCAGGUUGCGCUGGUCGAUCUGCUUGGCCACUACGGCGUGCGGCCUGACGCCGUGGUAGGGCAUUCUAGCGGCGAGAUUGCUGCAGCGUAUGCUAGCGGUGCCAUCUCAACCGAGGCGGCCAUGCGAAUUGCCUACUAUCGCGGGCUGGUAAUGCCGCUGCUCGACGCGACCAGCAGGCUCGGUGGCAUGGCAGCUAUCGGGCUGAAGCCACAAGACAUCAAGCCGCUGCUGCAGUCGGGAGUUGUUGUCGGGUGCGAGAACAGCCCCUCCAACACGACAAUCACGGGAGACAAGGAUGCCUUGGACAAGACCAUGGAUAGUAUCCGUGCCGCAUAUCCCGGAGUAUUGGUUCGCAAGCUGCACGUUGACCGGGCCUAUCACUCUCCACACAUGCAAGUCAUCGCCCCAACGUAUCUGCGGCUACUUGAGCGACAGCUCAUAUCGGCCUCGGCGCCAGCCGUGCCUUUUUACUCGAGCGUCACGGGUGGGCAGGUGACUGAGGCUGGCACAUUGGGCGCGGCAUACUGGGUUCAAAACUUGACUUGUCCAGUGCUCUUUUCCACUGCUCUGGGCCAAGCUCAUUCGAGUUCGGCCGCUUUGCAGACCUUCUUAGAGCUAGGGCCUCACCCAGCUCUAGUUGGCCCGGUUCGCGAGACUCUCGGCCAAUUCUCUUCAUCUUUCGACCACGUCAAGACGCUGAGCCGAGGCCAGGACUCGUACCGCGACAUGCUGCACUGCAUCGGUGAGAUGUGGCUGCGGCAGGUUCCCGUAGAUGUUGCAGUGGCAGCAGGGCAAGGGCACUUUUUGACAAACUUGCCCCUGUAUCCAUGGCACUACGACGACGGCGACGACGAGCAGCUCUGGUUUGAAAGUCGUCUUUCCAAGGAGUGGCGUUUGCGCCAGUUUCCGCAUCACGAUGUCUUGGGUUCGCGAGUUCUCGAGAGCACGAAUCACAGCCCCAGCUGGCGCAACAUUAUUCGUCUCGAUGCGGUGCCCUGGAUCAAGGAGCAUGAGGUUGCCGGCAGCAUCGUUUUUCCAGGCGUCGGCUACGUCUGCAUGGCCGGCGAGGCUGUUCGACAACUGACGGGUAGCGAGUCCUUUACUGUCAGACGGGUGCACAUCAAAUCAGCUCUUGUGAUGCACCAGGGCGUAGACGUCGAGGUCUUGACGGAGCUACAUCGUGCGCCACUAACGUAUGCGCUCGACUCCAAGUGGUACAGCUUCAGCAUCUCGUCGCUACACAAUGGUACUUGGACCAAGCAUAGUUUUGGCCAAAUCUCAGCUGGCGCCGACAAGGCACACACUGCGCCCAAGAUUUGUCCCAAGGCGCGGUCGCUGUCAAGUCGAGGGUGGUAUCGCAAGAUGCGUGCCAUGGGACUCGAGUACGGACCGCGGUUCAUGGGCCUGAAGGACAUGUCGGCGCAUCCCGUUGAGCGCACCGUAGUCGCGAGCCUGACCAACGACAUGCGCGAUGGCGAGUCCCAGUACGCAGUGCAUCCCGUCACGCUGGACUGCUUUAUCCAGGCCAUUGCGCCGGCGACCUUUCACGGCCUCACUCGCCGGUUCAACACCCUGGGACUGCCCACGUACAUUGAAGAGAUGUAUGUGGCGCCGCCGCUCCACAAGGAUAUGCAGAUUGAGGUUCGCGCCGAUAAGGAACCCAAGGCAACCCUCUCGGGAGAUAUUACGGCUCUUUCAGGCGGCCAGGUUGCCAUUGAGAUGAAAGGUUUGCAAAUGUCGGCCAUUGAAGAUUCCUCCGACCUGCAGGACCCAAACCGCCAUGCGGCCGUAGAGCUCGAGUGGAAGGAGGAUCUGCACCUACAAGCCUCAGUUGAGCAUCUCAUAGAGCCGGCAAGUGACCGGACAGCUGUGUAUGCCCUGUUGAACGAAUUUGCCGCUGUCUGCAUGCAGAGGACCUCGGACAAGAUGCACACCUUGGCACCAUGCGCAGCAGGUGUAGCUCAUCUACAACACUACAAGACGUGGCUACAUGAUGCCACGCAGCACGCGUCACGCAAACAACUUGGCCUGGGCGCGACGACGUUGCGAAGCAUCGACGAGCUCUACCGAGAGCUGCAGUCAUCCGAGGCCAAGGCUGCCGCAGAGGCCAUGUACCGCAUCCACGAUGACUGCGCCAGCCUCUUUUCCGGGCAAGUCGAUGGUCUCGAGCUGCUCCUCCGGGACGACGUGCUUCAUCAACUGUACGAUUUCAUGCAAAACAGCAAGUACGAUGCCUUGCUAGACCUUGCUGCCCAUCGAAAGCCAAACAUGCGCGUUCUCGAGAUCGGAGCCGGUACUGGCGGGACCACGGCUACCGUACUUCCUGCGCUGCGGUCUCGUUACGGCGAGAGAAUGUACUCGUCGUAUACGUACACUGACAUUAGUGCCGGCUUCUUUCCUGCCGCUCGCAAACGGUUUGAGGCGUAUUCUGCUGUUGAAUUCGCCGUCUUGGACAUUGCCAAGGACCCGAUUGAGCAGGGAUAUGAACCGAAUUCAUUUGACCUUGUUAUUGCUUGUAAUGUGCUUCAUGCUACACCUUCCUUGCGGGCGACUCUGGAAAACGUUCACACCCUCUUGCAUCCCGAGGGCCGCCUCUUUCUUCAAGAGCUCUCUCCAGCUACAAAAUGGAUCAAUUUCAUCAUGGGUAUCCUCCCGGGAUGGUGGCUGGGCGAGCAAGAUGGUCGUUUCCCCGAGCCAUACGUCUCUGCUGAGCGCUGGGACCAGGAGCUUCUCUCUGCAGGCUUCAGCGGAGCCGCCUUGAGGAGCUACGACGGAUUCCUCAACAACAACAUUGUAUCAACACCGUGCCGCGUGCUAGAUGAAGCCAAAUCUCGGACCAGGCUUACCGUUCUCUACUCAGCUAGCCGUCCAUCCCCAGCGCAAACCGUAGUCGAUAUCCUGACAGGCCACGGAUACACGACCGGGCUUCAGGCCAUCGAGAGCAUAGAGGAAGCCAAUCUUCCGGAGAGCGGGGACGUUUUAUCCCUCCUUGAUCUGAGCGAACCCUUUUUCCACGAGCUCGAUGCGGUCAAGUUUUCGAACCUGCAAAAGCUGCUAGCUCAGGUACAAAACGUCGGCGGAGGCAUCCUGUGGGUAACAGGCGCCGCCCAGGUGCGCUGCGUAGACCCGCGGUACGCCAUGGUCAACGGCUUCGCACGCGUCAUGCGCACAGAAAUGAGCCUUGACUUUGCAACCCUCGAGCUGGACAGGUUCGAUUACGAUGGCUUGGCCGUUGUGCCGCGCGUUUUGCGCGAGUUCCAGCUUCGCUUGAGCGAAGAUGCUGUGAAUCCCACGCUAGAAUGGGCGUACGACAGAGGAAAGAUGCUCAUCAGCCGUUAUCACUAUAUACAAGUGGAAGAGGAGCUCAAGAUGGAAGGCACUGCGCAAGGUGACCAGGCGCGCACCUCCAAGCUGGUUCAAGAUAGAUCCGGAUUGAUUGAUACGCUUUGCUGGCGGCAGGAGCUGCAGGCACCUUUGCUUGACGAAUGCGACGUCUUGGUUCAGGUCAAGGCAGUUGGCCUAAACUUCAAGGAUGUUCUCAUCAGUACCGGCGUCAUCAGUGCAAAGUCGUCCAUUGGCAGAGGCUUCGGUUACGAAGGGAGCGGUAUCGUUGUCGCCGUCGGCGCCAACGUUGCCAAGCUCACUCCCGGGGACAGAGUCAUCAUGAGCUCCAGCGGCUGCCUCGCCACCACCAUGAGCCUGGACCAGAGGCUGUGUGUCAAGAUGCCAGACAAUAUGACGUUCCUGGAAGGCGCCACCAUGUCAGCAGUCAACUGCACAGCAAUCUACGGCUUGCUCGACUCCGGAAAGCUCACCAAGGGGAGCACGGUCCUGAUUCAUUCUGCCGCUGGUGGUGUAGGCAUUGCUGCUAUGCAAAUCGCAAAAAUGGUAGGGGCUACAAUAUACGCAACCGUCAGUAGCGAGGAAAAGAUUGACUACCUUGUCAAGGCGUUUGACCAGCCUCGCGAGCGCAUCUUUCACUCGCGUACCGGAGACUUCCUACAGCAUGUCAUGGCGGCUACCGACGGCGUUGGGGUCGAUGUGGUUCUCAAUUCGCUGUCGGGCGAACUGCUGCACGCGUCGUGGAAGUGCGUUGCCGAAUUUGGCACCUUUGUUGAAAUCGGUCGGAGGGACUUUGUCGGUCAGGCCGUGCUGGAUAUGCAGUUGUUUGAGCCAAACAGAAGGUUUAUUGGCUUUGACCUGCUCUUGUUUGCCACCAAGAGACCGCAUGUCAUCGAAGGCAUAAUGGAGCGCGUCAUGAGCUUUUGCAACUUGGGCUUCAUCCAGCCCAUCCGACCUAUGGCAAUCUUCCCAGCACACAGCGUCAAGGAGGCUUUCCGCUUCAUGCAGAGAGCUCAGCAUAUUGGAAAGAUUGUACUGGAGAUGCCUGAAGAGCACAACCAGCCCUCAUUGUGCUCGUCGAUAUCGCCACAGCCACUUGCGCUGCAGCCCGACGGUGCUUACCUGUUCGUCGGCGGCCUCGGCGGCCUCGGCCGGGCAGUCGCCACUUGGCUCGUAGAGUACGGCGCAAGGCAUCUGGUCUUUUUGUCGCGCUCUGCCGAAUCUUCUGCCGACGCGGCAGAUUUUCGCGAGGAGCUUAAUCAGCUGUCGUGCCACGCGACUCUGGUAGCCGGCGACGUGGCAAAGCUGCAAGACGUUGAGCGCGCUAUUCAAGCUGCCAAGAUGCCAAUUGUAGGUAUUCUGCAGGCGUCUAUGGUUCUGCGUGACACCAACGUCUCCGAGAUGACUUGGCACGAGUGGCAAGCUGCCGUCCAGCCCAAGGUGGCAGGAACAUGGAAUCUGCACAAAGCGCUUAUACGCUGCCAGCCUAGCCAGACUCUAGACUUCUUCUUCAUGUUCAGCUCGGCCGGCGCCAUCAGCGGCCAAUGGGGCCAGUCCAACUACAACGCAGGCAACACGUUUCUCGACGCAUUUGUAUCGUACCGCCACUCGCUCAAGCUGCCGGCGUCGGUAGUCAACAUUGGAGUCAUCGAAGACGUGGGCUACGUUAGCGAGAACCCGGAUAUUCUCGAUUCUCUUCGAUCCACAUCCCAGCACCUCAUGCAAGAGUCUGAGCUGCUCGAGUCGAUUGAGCUGAUGCUGCGUCGCUCCAGCCAUCGCUUCUCUUCUCACCAACAGUUGGGACCCCCUUACGUCGACAGGUCGCGGAUUGGCGUCGGCAUGCGCUCCACACUGCCCAUCAUGUCGCCCAAUAACCGCACCAUCUGGCGCAAGGACCCUCGCAUGCUUGUGUACCGAAACCUGGAGAAGGCCGCCGACGCGCAGACUGCCGACGACGGUGAUGGUGACGACCAGACCCUGUCCAACUUCCUCAGGGGCGCCAGUACGAACGUGAUGGUGCUCAAAGCGCCAGAGACUGCAUUGCUGCUCGCGGGCGAGAUUGCCAAGACGCUGUUUGGUUUUCUGAUGAAGACUAGUAUCGACGAUGCAUGUCUGGACGCACCGCUGGCCACUAUCGGUAUUGAUUCGCUUAUUAGCAUUGAGCUUCGCAAUUGGCUGAGGCGCAAGGUCGGUGUCGAAUUUGCUGUUUUGGAGAUUUUCCAAGCCCCAAAUAUUCGAGCGCUGGGCGUGGUGGCUCAGGGGAAGCUCGUGGACAAGUUUCAAGCGCUUUUAUAG